GUUUCCACAGCUGUUCAGCACGGUUCAGCAUCCGCUUUAAAAUUUCCAAGAAGCAUGGCUGCGAUUGGUGUGCAUUUCGGAUACACAUGUGCUUGUGUCGCUAUUUUCAAGGAUGGCCGAGCGGAGGUGGUCGCCAAUGACGCCGGAGACCGAGUGACUCCUGCCGUGGUGGCGUAUAGGGAUACUGAGCAGAUUGUGGGCAUUGCAGCCAAGCAUGGGCGUGUUCGUAAUGCUGCCAACACUGUGGUUAAAGUGAAACAGGUACUGGGGAGGAGCUUCAAGGAUCCUGAGGUGCAGAAACAUAAAGCUGAGAGUAAAUGUCCUCUAAUAAACAAAGGGGAGCAGCCUUUCUACGAGAUGACUGGAGAGACCAGCAGACAUGUGGCUCCUCAGGACAUUGCCAGACUCAUUUUACACAAGAUGAAAGAGACUGCUCAGUCAGCCCUAGGUGCUGUUGUCACCGAGGCCGUCAUCACGGUCCCCUUUGAGUUUGCACAUGCUCAAAAGGUGGCUCUUCGAGAGGCUGCAGAGGCGGCCGGUUUCCGGGUUUUGAGGUUGAUCCACGAGCCGGCUGCUGCUCUUCUGGCGUAUGGCAUUGGACAGGACUGUCCCUCUGGAAAGAGCCAUGUUCUGGUUUACAAGCUAGGUGGUACAUCCCUGAGUGUGACGGUGCUCCAGGUGAAUGGUGGAAUGUUCCGGGUUCUAAAUACACACACAGACCACAGCAUCGGAGGAGAGAGCUUCACAGCCGCUCUGGCUCAACACCUGGCGGCAGAGUUUAAACGGUCGUUUAAGCAGGAUGUGAGUGGUAAUGCGAGGGCGAUGCUGAAGCUGAUGAACGGUGCAGAUAUGGCCAAACAUUCUCUCUCCACGCUCGGCUCAGCUAACUGCUUUGUUGACUCGCUACAUGACGGCAUGGACUUUGACUGCAAUGUCUCCAGGGCUCGUUUUGAACUGCUUUGCUCUUCUUUAUUCAACAAGAGCGUUCAACCAAUCAAAAUCCUGCUGGAGAUGACUGGCCUCACUACCAGUGACAUCAACCAGGUUGUUCUAUGUGGGGGUUCUGCAAGGAUUCCUCGAUUACAGCAGAUGAUCAAAGAUCUGUUUGCUGAUGUAGAGCUGCUCAGCUCUGCUCCUCCAGAUGAGGUCAUUGCUGUUGGCGCAGCAAUGGAGGCGGGGCUUCUAGUCGGCCGUGAGAUUAACCCCUCCCCUGAGUCUGUUACUGUGGAAGCUUGUGCUUCGGACAUUUUACUCAGGGAGGUGGAUGAAUCCGGGGCUGUGGUGUUCUCUGUGCUCCUCCCCUCGGGUACACCCCUUCCUGCUCGGCGACAUCACAUCCUGUCUGGUCCUGGUCACCUGCCCUCACUCUGUUUGGAGCUUUACCACAAGUCCACCCAACAGCCGGAGAGACUGGCUAAGAUUGUUCUGAAAGACUUGGAGACUAAAGAGGAUGGCAACCAUGACAUUGACGCCGUGGUAACGAUGAAAAGGGAUGGGUCUCUGCACAUUAACUGUGUGGAACAGAGCAGUGGGAGGAAUGAAGCUGUCAGCAUUCCAGCAGCCUCCUGAUCUCACAGCCCAAAUACACCAUCUGUUCCACCAGUACAUUUUCACCUCUAAUUUUUUUGUUGAAUUAUAAAUAAAAACACUGAGCUUAA